AAACAACAUGGCGUUCACCUGUGCAGUCAACAAAUGCUCAAACAGCGCUUACUGGCUAAAUAAAUGGAAAGCUCAGCUAUGCGAAAAUUGUGGAUGUCUUCAUAAGGAGCAGCUUUGUAAAUGUGAACCUCCAUUUAGGCUGUUCCCAUUCCCAACCAAGUUUAAGAAGCCGAAUGAGAGAGAAAAAUGGAAACAGUUGGUGGGUAGACGUGAUGGUACCAAGCUUUGGUCACCCUCCAAGGACAGCCGGAUAUGUUCAAAACAUUUUGUCGAGGGCCAGCCGACCCUCCAGAACCCAUAUCCAUCCUUGCAUUUGGGAUAUAGUGGUGCGGAUAAGCGUGUCAGCAGAAUGUCGUUGUUUGAAGAAACUUCCUUGAAACCCAGCCGGAAAAAGAGGCGGUUGUUGGAAGAAGCAACUCAAGUUUCUACCAGUAGUGAUUCAGAUCUCUUCACAAUUGAAACUCCAGAUCCAGAUGUAGACAUGCUACCUCAGCCACUAAGAACAGUUCCUUGGAUUUUCACUUUGUUGUCCAUGAUUAUAGGGCUUCUUCUUACGGUUAAUGAAAAAUGCCAGAUCAUUACAAAACUAACAGAGGAAAAUGAAAAUUUGAAACGAGAAAAUAGGAUGUUGAAAGGAAAUCUAUCAGAGAAAAUACUGCAAACAAAUGAUGAUGUGAAUUUCUACACUGGUAUUAAAAGUUGGAACAUAUUCAGCAAAUUUCAUAAGGUUAUAUCACCUUUAGUAAACAGGCGGUGGAACGGUGUUGUUUCUGUGAUAAAAAAUGUAAGAAGAUUUUCUGAAAAGACUCGAUCUGGACCUGAACGGAAACUAAGUUCAAAAAGUGAAUUUCUGUUGAUGUUGAUGAAACUUAGACUUGGGACUUUAAAUAAGGACUUGGCAAAACGUUUUGGUAUAUCCGAGGCAUUAUUCUCAAGGAUAUUUUUUGCAUGGCUUCGUGCAUCAUACUUGGUGCUUAGAUCAUUGGUUUACAUCCCUGAGCAAGAUGCUUUAAUUGCUACAAAAACUCAGCGUUUCCGAGUGUUACCAGAUUUACAUUCAAUAAUCGAUUGCACAGAACUUUUUAUUGAAACGCCGAAGGAUCUUUUUUUACAAACGCAAACAUGGAGCGAUUAUAAGCACCACAACACAUUGAAAUUUCUUGUAGCCUGUGCUCCAAAUAGUUGUAUCAUCUAUGUCUCACCUGUGUAUCUAGGAAGAGCAACAGAUAAAGCCAUCACAAUAGACUGUGGUUUUCUGGACCAGUUACCAGUCGACAGCAUGGAGCCUGAACUCACUCGUGAAGUUCUCUCUAUUUUGCAAGAGCUCAAUGAAAAUAUGAAAAGUCAGAAAGAACGUAUUGAGAAACUUGAAUCUACUCAAUAUUACGAUGAAGAGUAUUCAGAGGACCAGUUCUAUGAUGACGAUGGACAGUCUUUUGAUGAAAUUGAUCAAGAAAGUGCUCAACAAGCAACUUGA